GUUCAUGUUUCGAGGAAAAAUUUCUUUUUAAUUUUUCCCAAAAGUGUUAUGGCAAUAAAUCAGCCACGAGUGAAACAAAGACCACCACUAAAAGGCAGUUUUCCCCUAGAUCAUGAAGGAGAAUGUAAAGAAGAAAUCAAAAAGUUCAUGAAAUGUUUAGAGCAGCAUGAUAGUAAUCAUGGAGAAUGUAGACAUGCUUCUAAGGCUUAUUUACAAUGUCGAAUGGAUAAGAAUUUAAUGACAAAAGAAGAAUGGUGGAAACUAGGAUAUAGAGAUAAUGUUGUGGAUAAUAAACAAAAUGGUUGCUGACAUCUAUAUAAAUUUUGUAUGCAAGUUGUGGAAUAUACAUAGUAACAAUGUCUAUUAAUUGAAGUGUGUUGAUGUUAAUAAUCUGUCAAAACUGAUAGAUUUAAUAAUAAUUUCCUGAGUCAUCAAUAUAUUUUCAUACAAAGACUUUCCAUUGGAAUCAGUUUGUAGUUACCGGGAAAUAUGUGUAUUUUGAUUAAGGCAGACAAAGUAGAACAUUGUUUAAAAAAAAUUGUCCUUUGAUUACACAUGCGGGAGGGGUAUAUCAAGAGAAUCAGAAAUUGAAAUUAAAAUUUUAUUUGGACAUUAUAUACCCUGGAUCAAAACUAGAUCUCUUUGAAGGUUUUUUCACUUCAGUAGCAUUUAUUUUCUUGUCCAAAGAAGUUCCCUGUUUGCUCAAAGCAUCUUUUGAAGGUUUCUUUUGUUUGGCUUGUGACAUUUUCUCUAAUGCUUCUUCCUGCAUUUCUUUAAGUUUUUCACCUAGUCUGAGUACUGUGGUGUUGGGUUCAUCGUCGGAAACAUUACAAUCCUUAUUGGAGAAAUCUACUGACUCUUCCCUUUCAAUACUAUAUUCAUCACUAAUUUCACUUUGUUUAUGAGAGUUUGAUAUAUGUAAAUAAUGAUAAGUCAGACCUAAUAAUAAACUAUUAGUCAACCUAUUUUGAUCAAAUUUUGACAAUGACAUAAAAUAUUUCCUUGGUGUUGAUGAGAUCCUACAUCUAUGUUCAGAUUCUCCUUUUAAUAUCUGGUUCAUUAGAAAUAAACCACUUGUCUGUUCAUUGCCAACAAUUAAAUUGAAAAACCGCCCCAUUGUGUUUUGUUUACAUCUAACUACAUUAUAGUCUAAUGAAUACAACAGUGUCAAUAACAUUGUUUCUACUGUUGUCAUAGCCAAUGCGCGGUUAAGAUAUUGUUUUGAUGGGCGAAUAACAGUUUUUUCCAAAAGAUAUAAAUCAGCUACUGGUAAACACUCUUUCAUUUCUUCCAACUAAAAAGAAAAAUAAGACUCAACCAUUUUAUACACGACAACAUUCAAAGCAAGUACUCAUACAUUGUCUCAGUAAAAUAGUUCCAUAAAAGAAUCAAUUCUCAAUUUUCUGCAACUAUAUAUUACUUAAUGUUCUGCAAAUACAUCCAUUGUGUGCAACUGGCUGUCAUUUUGCUGGUGGUAGUAUUUAUGUCAGGGCAAGACAGAGGCAUUUUCUUGAGUUUGUCCUAUUUUUGUACCAGUACACCUGAAUUUCCCUGCACUCUGGGAAUUGAAUGUAAGAGAUUAAGCUUAUACAUCAAUUUGUUCAAUUUGUUCAAUUGGGCCACAGACUUCAGCUUGUAACUUAUUUUUUAAGAAAUUAUGUGAAUGUCACCUUUUUCUUAAAACCAUAAUGAGAAAAUUGUUGUGUACCAAAUAACUGUAGGUUAUUCCACUCUAUCACAUUUAAUUUUCUAUCUAAUAAUGUCCAACCCACUCCUCCAAUAUCUAUAUCAAAUACAGCUAUUAAGUUAACUUUCUGUAAAUAUAAGAGGUAAAAAUCAUCAUAUAGAUUUUGUUUCAUGUACAUUUUAAGAAUACAAUCCUUUACAUU